UUGCGGUUACCCUGUUCCUUGCAGCUACACUGGAGAGAUGCUCACUAUAGUUGAAAAUGUUUUUUGUAUGGAGUACUCCAUACGUUGCUGAGAGAUAACGUCAUUGAGCUCGGUGCUUCCAGAGCUUCCCCUCCUUCUAGUCAAUCAAUUGCCGUCUGUGUGAGUCUGGGUCAGUGUACGGGACGCCCCGCAGUGCAUCAACAGAGUCCCAUCACCGGCAAUGGCCGGGCACCUUUUCGCAUCGCCAUGCGUGUGUCACCCUUCCCCUCUUCCAGCAACCCGGAGGGGUGUGGAGAGCGAACUUCGGACUGGUUAGCCUGAGUAGGGAAUCAAUUGCUCGCAUGCAUUUGACGCUGUAUAUGCAUAUACAUAUAUAGGGGCUCAUAGGCUUCCAACUUUUCAUCUUCUUAGGCUCACAUAAAAUCCCUUUUCAACUUUCACGUCUUCUCCAACAAUUGACAUCCCCUACCAAGGAAAAGCACUCACCUUUGUAUCUUCGACAAUAUGGCUGCUCCCGUCGCAUUGAGAUACCAACCCCAGGCUCAGUCCACCUUCAAACCCCCGUUGAUCGCCAAUGACAACGCCUUUCUGGGCGAUGUAUUCACCAGCCAAGCCGAGAAUCCAGAGAAGCCUAUGUGCGCUGGUUUCUACAGACUCGAGAAGGGAACCCCCUUGGUCUAUACAUACACCUACGAUGAGAUGAAGAUCAUCCUGGAGGGUGAAUUUGAGAUCUCCGACACCACCGGCCAAAAGGUCUCAGCCAAGCCAGGCGAUGUCUUCUACUUCCCCAAGGGCGCAAAGAUCACUUUCACGACGCCGUCGUAUGGAUUGGCUUUCUUUACUGGACAACGUGCCGAAGGCGGAGCUUAA